UCAGUGCUUUGUCACAAGCCCAGCAAGCCCUGCUGUAGCCGUUCGAGCAUUAUGUGCGUGUCCGUAUUAGUUUAUCCAGUCUGUAAACACAUCUCGUUUGAAAAUAAGCCAGGAAGCGCGUAGACUGUUAGACUGUUCCUUUCUCAUUUUUCUUGCACGAAUUUCUUAACAGUUGCCCAGAUGAGGAUGGAAGACCCGGUUGUGUCCAUCUACGAUAUGCUGAUGAAGCGCUACCGACAGCAGCGCCGAGAUGACCACCAGCAGCAGAAGGAGACUCCGCCCAAUCGCCAGGCCAGUCGCGAUCUACGUCAGCCCUACGCAGCUCUACAGCAGCCCCAGGCAGGGGUCCAGUUGAGUGCAGACAAGAAGCCCAGGCCGCGGCUGGCUCGUCCGCGCCUUGCCGGGGACAGCUUGACUGGCGGAAAGAUGUCCACGAAUGUGGUGACAGCCACCCACCUGACCAAGAAGCAGUCGGGUGUCCUGCUGCAGCCGCCGCUCAAGAAGGAGGUGCUCAAUCAGCUGGUGGCCAAGAUGAGUGGCAAGCAGACGCCGGCUGCAGCUGCUGUUGCUACUGCCACAGCAGCUCCAGCGAAGCCGUCGACCUCAUUGAACAAGAAGCGUUCGAAGACUGGCAAGGCCUUGAAGUCGUCGCACGGCAGCGAAUCCAGCAAUCGUCGCACUAGGCUUGUGCUCUCUCCGCGCAAUACCAAUCGGCAACUCAGGUCUCAGAGCAAGCGAGAUAAGUCUAAGAUAAACAAUGAACUGAAGCAGCAGCAGCAGCAGCAGCAGACACCGCCGCCACCGCCGCCGCCGCAGCAACGUCGACCCAAGAAUCCGGAAUCGGAGCGACAGAAGGUUCGUCUACGGUCUCGUCUCUCCAAGUUUUCUGUGACGGCAAACGACCAAAGUGCUGACAAUGCCGUCCGAUGCCGCCUCUAGGCGUUAUACUAUGCAUAUAACGUCUCCAGGCGUUAUAUACUAUAUAUAUAUAUAUAUAUGCAUACCAUUUAUAUAUAUAUAUAGCUAUAUGUAUUUAAGUAUUUACGUAUUCAAUCUGCAAAUUGCGAGUGUUGCCGUCAGCCCAACCGUGUUAACGAGUUCAGUUGUUUUGUUGCAUUUUGGAGCGCGCUUCCAUUUGCCAAUCGAUGGGUUUGCAAAGUCUGUUGGUUAACAUGUGGACAGGCGCUGCAAAAUCCUUUUGUCUUUAAUCUUUCGAACGGAAAAGAGAGCCAUAAAAAUUUAAAUUAAAUCGUAUCGGAAGUAA